AUGUCGAACGACGAAAAGCUCGUCGGCAUGCGUCGCACCCGAGGAUAUUGGCUCGGUCGACUCACACGUUUGACAAAACGUGUGACGGAUGGUGAAGCAUCCGGUAACUAUGAAGAGAGCAAAUUAAUACUCAUGCAAGAACAACUGAAGGAGAUUCGAUUAGGAUACGAAGCUAUCCAAGCCAAAAUGGCAUCUCUCGACAACGAAGACCCAACACGCAGUCUCGAUGUAUCCGACCAAUUCGACGAAUUAUCAUACCGGAUAGGCAAGCUUCUAGUGAACGUCCGACAACCCUCGACUCCAACUCCGGAAACACGCGACUCUAGCACUGAUUCCGGACCAAUAUCAGUAAGAUUACCGGAGAUGCACUUGCCUAAAUUCGACGGUACCGCGGAUGAUUGGGAAUCCUUUCACGACACCUUCAUGUCUGCAAUCGACCGCAACGAGAAACUAACACCCGUCCAGAAACUGCAUUAUCUUCGCACCUCCUUAACCGGGAGAGCAGCGCAGCACAUACAAUCGUUGGGCACGACAGACGCAAACUACGCGAAUGCACUCGCUUCGUUAAAAGAAAAAUUUGACAAUCCGCGACAACUCUGCAUGAACCAUUGGCAUGCAAUAGCAAAUUUUCCCAAAAUGAAGGACAGUACACCCGAAGCCGUAGAAGAACUUGUUGUAAACUUCAAGCAACACCUACGUGCGUUAAAACUCACCGGCGAAUCCCUGACAGACAUCGUUCUUAAUGGGAUGUUAAUUUCCCAACUUAAUGGAGAUAUCGUCAACAGCUGGGAACUCACCCUAACCGAUAAGAAAAUGCCACCAGUCGAAAAUUUGCUAACCUUUUUAGAAAAACGAGCUAGUUGUGGCAAGUUGAGCCGCACCGUGGCUCCGUCAACUAAAGAGACGACCACGCGCACUCGCCCCCGACAAACCGCUUCCCGGAGCAACGUUUUCAUAACAUCAGAGACUAGGUCGACAUGUCACACCUGCAAAGGGCAACACCCCAUCUGGAAGUGUACCACCUUCAAGGCCAAAUCCGUGAGUAGUCGCCGUACGGAAGUGAAGGAAGCAUCGCUGUGCGUGAAUUGCCUGAGGAAAGGGCACUCAGUGCGAGAGUGCAAGGCCAGAUCCUGUUGCGUGUGCGGACGACGGCAUCACACGAUGCUGCAUCGGGAUAAGCAAGAUAGAAGACCGGGCUCCUCAGCAUCAAGUCGAAGCUCCUCCUCCUCCAGCAGACGAUCGGACCCAUCAUCGUCACCAAGAAGUACUCGUAGCUCAUCUAGAGCACCCGGUACGGGGAAAACACGAACGAGCUCACCUACAAGUCAGCCCCCCAGCCCGAAACGAACGCAGAAGAAGUGA